AUUUAUAUCAGAUGUUAGCCCAACAGUCAUCUCACCCCACAAGUGUUCCCUCAACCAGUUAUACAGUUACUUUGCUGAAAAAGUAACUGAGAUGUAAGGACUGAAUUAACAAAACCUAGAAUUGGAAGAAAGCAAGACUAUAGAGGGAGUUUCAGUGGGAUUGGAAUCGAAUAGCUUAUACCAAUGGAAUAUUAGCUUUGCUGGUCCCUCAGACACUUUAUAUGAAGGGGGAUAUUUCUAAGCGAUGAUGAAAUUUCCAGAGGACUACCCCAAUUCUCCACCAACAUUCAAAUUCUUGACUGAAAUGUGGCAUCCAAAUAGUAAGCCUAUUUCAUCUAACAAUAGUUUACUCGGAUGGGAGAGUCUGCAUUUCCAUUCUGCACGCAUAGGACGAGUUUAAUGAUCAAGAACCCCCUGAGACAAGGUGAUUAAUCUACCUUAUUCUUAGAUGGAGACCCAUAUUGACACCUGAGGAUGUGCUAAUUUCAAUAGUUUCAAUGUUAUCUGAACCCAAUAUCAAUUCGCCUGCCAAUGUAGAUGCUGGAAUACAAUUUAGAGACAAACCGGACGAAUAUAAAAAGAAAGUGAGAAAGUUAAUUGAUAAGGCCUUAGAAAAUUUAUGAUUGUUUG